AUGCGGAAGGGGAUGCACCUGCGGCGGCGGCAGCAGGUGGCCGUUAGGGGAGGGGGGAGAGCCGGUGGCGGCGAUGUGCAGGAUCUCGCACUGCCUCUCGGGAUGUCCUUCGUGGCGGUGCUUGCCCAGGUUCUGAAUAGAUGCAGUGGUUCUGAAGGAAGAUUACGACCUGAUGUCCUCUCAAAGAUGUGUACCUCGGCAGUGAAGGAGUCCUUAACAAAUAUUUAUGGUGACAGAUUUCAGAGUUUCAUGAGUAACUUUGAGAAAGCUUUUGGUAGUACAUUGAGAACGAUUCACCUUAUCAAUGAAACACCUGUCUAUGAGCAAGAUAUGGCACAAUGUUCUUACAAAGAUGGUAAUUCUGUACCUGAAAUCAAGUUGGGUGGUGCUGAUUCAUUACCUGAAAUAAAGUUGGGUGGUGCUGAUUCACCAAGUCAGAUACGUGAUGUCCAAACUGACAUGCCCUCAAGUUCCAUGAAUAAUCAGAUUGUUCUUCAUGCGGGCAUCAAUCAUCAGCUGGUUCACCUUACUCGUAGCAGAUCUAAUCCAGAAAUUGAUCAGCACAUCCUUAGUGUAUUUGAGAGAUCUCUGAAUGAGCAAGCUCGUUCAAAUGAGCUCAAGGAGCUUGAAAUAGGACUUGCUAUGAGAAAAUUGCAAUUGAGCCGAUCUCAGUUAGCUCUGAGCUCUGACUCACACAUGUUAGAGAAGAUCAAAGUUCGUAUGGGAUUUCAGAAAGCCUCUUUCAAAGAGAAGAAAUUCAAGACGGAAAUGGAGGAUACAAAGCAUGCAGAACUUUUCAGGAAACUUAUAGAUAUGCUUCUUACUGCAGUGGUACUCAUGUCUGUCUGUUUUGGAUAUGGAACAUAUAUUUACUCGUACCAGCAGAUAACUGCUGCUACUUCAGCUUGUGCAGCAAAUUUCAAGGGAGUAUACAUCUUGGUGGAUGCCAAGUUCAGUGUCAGCAUUGAACUCUGGUUUGCUGCUUUUCAAAUGCCAUGUGAUAGCAGCAACAAGGAUAUUCUUUGGAAUUUUGAUGCUCCUAUUAAUUGCCGUUGUGUCGACACACUAGGCGGGGAUGGAAAUGUAUGGCUUAUAUACUGGGAGGCCCUUUGCUCCAUCCAUUUACUUGGAAACAUUUGGCCAUCUCUUUUACAUCGCAUGCUCUAUGGUCCUAUUUCUGUGGCUCACAAGACCAAGGCUGUUCAUUUACCAUAUUGGGCCCGCCGAUACACAUUUUAUGUUUUGGUGUCACUUAUUCUGCCAUGCUUGGCUGGUUUGCUGCCAUUUGCAUCUCUGUCAGACUGGAAAGAGCUUGCAGUUCAAUGUUUGAAGUCCAGAUUCAAUGGAAGUAACAUUGAGGAUUGA